AUGGCAGGGGAGUCACAGAGAAGAAGGGGACAAAGUAUCAACUCGAUAUUGACGUCUUUUGGGAUCAGACAACAAACAAACGAGCUGAACGGAGGGCAGGGGCAGCACGUACAGCCCAUGGAUAUCCAACCUGUAGCAGCGGCAACGGGUUCACAGGUGAGCCUCGGAUCUAAUAUUACGCCGACGGUGACGGUUGCAGCAGGAGGCGCGGGGGGCGGCGGGAACCUGGCGAGCAUGCUCGGGACGACCCCCUUCGACGCGGAGGAGGCGGCGGCCGCGGGAACGGAGGGCUCGACAAACUCGGCGACGCUGGUGCAGGCGGGCGUGGGCGCAGGCGCGCAUCUGCCGAUCACAUUGGUGCUCGGGCAGUCAGAUGCGGAGGCCAGCGGCAACCACAACGUUUCGUCCGCUGCGUUCGAGGGCAAGGACUCGGGUCUAGCAUCGCUCAAGAACGUGCGGCACUUUAUCUACCCUGCGGUGCCGCCGGCGGACGCCAAUAAGCUCAACAUAGAGUUGGCGCAUGAUGGGCGUACGAUUGAGCAGCAAGACGAAAAUACAAUAAAGAUGCUCAAGGACAAGAACGGGCUCUUCUCGCUCCGGUUAACGCCGUUCAUUGACCACUCGACCACGAAUAAUCCGGGGCUCUUUUUUGAUCCCAUCGUGCGGACCGCAGGCCCCAGCUCGCAGUUGGUUAUCGGGCGUUACACAGAACGGGUUCGCGAGGCGAUCGGCUCGCUCCCGGAUCAUUUCCACCCCGUGGUAUUCAAGAGCAAGGUUGUGUCGCGCACACACGGGGUGUUUAAGGUGGAUGAGCAGGGCAAUUGGUAUGUGCGCGACGUCAAGUCCUCGUCCGGCACGUUCCUUAAUCAGAUGCGGCUUGCACAGGCAUCGGUUAUGUCGAAAGACUACCCCUUGAAAGACGGCGACAUAUUGCAGCUGGGAAUGGAUUUCCGUGGCGGCACAGAGGAGAUAUAUAGAUGCGUCAAAAUGAGAGUCGAGUUGAACAAAUCGUGGAAGCGAAGGGCCAACGCGUUCAACAAAGAGGCACUAGCCCGCCUACGGAACCUACAAAAGCUAACGGCAGGCCUUGAGGAGGAAGAUUGCUCAAUCUGCCUAUGUAAAAUUAAGCCCUGCCAGGCCAUCUUCAUAUCCCCUUGUUCGCAUAGUUGGCACUACCAGUGCAUACGCCGACUAGUGAUGACACAGUACCCACAGUUUAUAUGCCCUAAUUGCAGAUCUUCCUGCGACCUGGAGGCCAGUUUGGAUUCCGAAGACGAGGAAGAAGACGAGGUGGGCAAAGAGGGCCAUUACAAAGAAGAGGCAGCUAUAGAAUCACGCACGCGCAGCCCGCUAGCUGCCGCCAUUCAGGAGGAAAAUGAGGAGGAUAUACAGAUGUUGAGCUAA